AUGCAAAUGCCACUGGAGCCUCCCGAGCCACCCAUCGAGGUACCCCUGAAGAGGAGCCAACCCGACCUAACCGUCAAGGUCGGAGCCAUGCUCCCCGAAGCGGACCGGCUCCACCUCAUUGAUUUCCUGAGGAAGAACGCCGAUGUGUUCGCGUGGUCCCCCAAGGAGAUGCCUAGGAUCGACCCAGAAGUGGUCCAACACCGACUCAACAUCAACCCCGAAGAACAGCCGGAUAAAGAAGACACUGCCUUCGUCACCAACCGAGGAGCGUAUUAUUACAAGGUAAUGCCCUUCGGCCUAAAGAACGCUGGGGCGACUUACCAAUGGAUGGUCGACAAACUUUUCAAGCACCAGCUCGGGAGGAAUAUGGAGGUGUAUGUAGACGACAUGAUUGUAACGAGCAAGAUCACAGGAACACACCUGGCUGACCUGGCGAAAAUGUUCAACAUGCUCAGGCGGUUCAACAUGCGUCUGAACCCUACGAAGUGCAUCUUCGGGGUCAGCUCGAGGAGAUUCCUCAGUUUUAUCAUCCACCAGCGGGGAAUUGAUACCAACCUGAAAAAGUCCGACAGCUUUACAUGGAUCCCAAAGUGCAAGGAAGCUUUCGAAAAGUUGAAGGCAUGCCUCACCCGCUUGCCUCAACUUGCCUCGCCCGAGUUGGGCGAAACCCUUGGUCUCUACUUGGUGGCCUCGGCACAAGCCAUCAGCUCGGUGUUAGUUCAAGAGGUGCCACCAGCACAACAACCCGUACAUUAUGUCAGCCAUACCCUUGGCAGGCUCGAGGCAUGGUACUCCCUGAUCGAGAAGCUAGCUCUCGCUCUUAUUAAGAUGGCCCGAAAGUUGCAGUCCUACUUCCAAGCCCAUACAAUCAGAGUAAUCAUCGACCAGCCCCUGAUCGCCAUCAAAGCUCAGGCGCUGGCUGAUUUCAUUUUCGAGCUAACUCCAGAGGACCAUGCUGUGGGGUGGGAGAACAAUCAGAACAUGUGGACCCUGCACAUAGAUGGCUCGUCCACUUCCGGAGCAGUCAGGGUCGGGCUUAUCCUCAAAGGCUCAUCGGAAGAAACCUACGAGAGGUCGCUCCAAUUGCAAUUCCGAGCCACUAACAAUGAGGCCGAGUACGAGGCGCUGCUCCACGGCCUACACCUCGCUCUGGAGAUGCAUGUAGAUGGCCUUGAAGUCUUCAGUGACUCCCAACUGGUGACAGGACACGUCAAUGGGAGCUACGAAGCUCGAGACCCGACGAUGGUGUCAUACCUGAUGGAGGCAAAGCGACUCGCCCACCGCUUCAACCGCCUUUCAAUCACCAGAAUAGCUCAAGCGCAGAAUGUGCGGGCAGACGCGCUGGCUAGAUCAGCCUCCACCCAUAGCCCGGGGUCAGCCCCAACGACUGAGUCCAUAGCGACACCGACGGUGACGACUCACGAGGUCGCCGAAACAAAUUCACCACCGAGUUGGAUGGAGGAGAUCCUCCGAUACAAAGUGGGCGGAGAGGAGCCUGACGACCUGGUGGCUGCGAGAUAG